UUUUUUGAAUUCGACCGGGGUAAUUUCGUAAUAGAAGACGAAGUACUCAUUAGUAAACGACCAAAAGCCACGACAUUAGAGUGACGUGGAGGAAUCUGAUUGGUUGUAGACCGUUAGGGUUUUUCGUCUGAUCGAAACAAAGAGAUUUGGAGCUUCGAUGACGUCUCCGCCGAGAACAUGCGAUUAGAACGUUAUGCUCCUCAGGCGGAGGAUACUAUCGCUCACGGCGUCGCUCAGGAGCUACAACCACAAUACCCGCGACGCUCUCUCUCCACCUUCUUCUAGUAACUUCUCUUCCUACGCGAAACCUCCAAUCGCCGCCGGAGACAUCCUAAUCCGCGAAGUGAAACACUGGUUCAAACGCGACGCGCCUCCGCAAAGCCACGACCUAAUCAACCGCAUCUGCGACAUCCUCAAAUCCCCCUCGAGCGACGGAGAUGACCGCGCCUUCUACCACCACCUCACCUCCCUCCGCCUCCGCCUCACGGAGAAGUUCGUCCUCGACGUGCUCAACCACACGCGCUACGACCUCCACUCGUGCCUCAAAUUCUUCGACUGGGCCGCUCACCAGCCCAGCUUCCACCACACGCGCGCCACGUUCCACGCCAUCUUCAAGAUCCUCCGCGGCGCCAACCACUUCCGCCUCAUCGUCGAGUUCCUAGACGGGAGCGACGGCUUCGAAGGCUACCGCCACUCGCUCCGUCUCUGCGACGCGCUCGUGAUCGGAUACGCCGUCGCCGGGCGCACCGACGUGGCGCUCCAGCACUUCGGGCACAUGAGGUUUCGAGGCUUGGAUUUGGAUACGUUUGGGUAUCACGUGCUGCUGAACGCGCUUGUGGAGGAGAAGUGUUUCGAUACCGUUGAUGUGAUCCACGAUCAGAUCUCCGCGCGUGGGUUUGUCUGCGCGGUCACGCAUUCGAUUUUGGUUAAGAAGUUGUGUAGGCAAGGGGAGCUUGAUGAGGCCGAAGCGUAUCUACGCGCCUUGCUCCCUGAUGAUCCUGAUGGUUGUGGAGCUGGGCUAGGGAUUCUGAUUGAUUCUCUAUGCUCUCAAGAGAAGUUUCAGAAAGCUACUAAGUUGUUAGAUGAUAUCAAAGUGGUGGGAACAGUUCCUAUGGACCGUGCUUAUAGCAUUUGGAUUAAGUCUCUUAUAGGAGCUGGAUUGUUGGAUAAUAUCGAAGGUUUCUUGCAGCAGAUUAGUCCUUUGGAAGGUUGUGAGAUAGAGGUUGUUAGGUAUAACUCUUUGAUCUCUAAGCUUUUGAAAGAGAACAAUCUUGGGAGUGUGUAUGAUAUCUUGACGGAGAUGAUGGUGCGUGGUGUUUUACCUAACAAGAAAACGAUGAAUGCAGCUUUAUGCUUCUUUUGCAAAGCGGGAUUAGUAGAUGAAGCUCUUGAGUUGUACCGGUCGAGGUCUGAGAUUGGAUUCGCUCCUACCUCCAUGUCUUACAGCUACCUGGUUCGCACGCUCUGUGCAGACAGGCGUGUGGAGCAAGCUUAUGAUGUCUUUAAAGGAGCGAUGGACCGAGGGCAUUUUCUCGGCGCGAAGACGUUUUGUAUACUUGCAAACGCUUUGUGCUGGAACGGGAAGGCUGAGAUGGCGAAGGAGCUUGUUAUCGUUGCAUCAGAACGCGACGCGUUGCCUAAGUUUCUAGGCGGUUGCAAGGUUAUACCUGCUCUCUGCGAUGCUGGGAAAGUGGACGACGCUAUUUUGAUUAACGAGCUGUUUAACAGAAGCGGCGUAGCCACCACGUUUGGAAUGUUCGUCAGCUUGAUAUACGGGACGAUCAGGUUGAUGAGGGGAGACAAAGCUGCUAAACUCAUCGUCAGAAUGCAGGAGAAGGGAUACACUCCGACCUAUAGUCUCUAUCGAAAUGUCAUUCGAUGUGUUUGCGCGAUGGAAAGCGGUGACAGAAGCUGUUUCACCACGUUGCUUAAUUAUCAGUUGUCUCGUUGGGAACACAAAGUUGGAACCUACAAUCUCUUCAUCGAAGGAGCAGGGUUUGCAGGGAACCCGAAACUUGCGAGAUUAGUGUAUGAUCUGAUAGGUAGAAACGGUUUCACGCCGACGCUGGAUUCGAACAUCCUCAUGCUUCAGUGUUAUCUCAAAAACGAAAGAAUCGCUGACGCCCUCCACUUUUUCUAUGAACUGCGGGAAAAAGGUGAGGUCAAAAGGAGACUAUACCAUGUAAUGAUCGUUGGCCUCUGUAGAGGGAAUAGAUUGGAUGACGCUAUGCAUUUCUUGGAAGAGAUGAAGGGAGAAGGGAGACAUCCUAGUAUCGAGUGCUACGAAGUGCUCGUACAGAAGCUAUGCAACAGAGAAAGGUAUGAGGAGGCGGUUGGGUUAGUUAAUGAGUUCAGGAAAAGUGGGCGGCGUAUUACAUCCUUCAUCGGUAAUGUUCUUUUGUAUAACGCGAUAAAGAGCAAAGGGGUGUAUGAAGCGUGGACACGGAUGAGAGAUGUGGAAGAGAAGAUCCCUGAGAUGAAGGCUCUUGGUGAGUUGAUAGGAGUGUUCUCAGGGAGAAUCGAAAUGGAAGGAGAACUGAAGCGGUUAGAUGAAGUUAUAGAGAAGUGCUAUCCUCUGGAUAUGUACACGUACAAUAUGCUGUUGAAAAGGGUUGUGAUGAAUCAGGCGGAAGAUGCGUUUGAGUUGGUUGAAAGAAUAGCUCGAAGAGGGUAUAAGCCUAAUCAACGGACUGAAAGGAUCCUUGAUCGGGCUCGGCGCAUACUAGGUAAUCUCAAUUCUCGGGCAAACUUAGUGAGGAGUGGUUGGGACAGCAGACAAGGGCAGCUUGAAUAUUGAAGAGUAUUGUCGCUGAGAGAGGUUAGAUUUGUUGAAUUAAGAAAUAAGGGAAACAAUUUCUCAGUUGAGAUGGAUUCAAUUUUGGGUUUGCAUUUUGGAUCAUUGACGAUAGGUGAUGGUGAGAAAACCAUAUUCGUUUUAUGCUCCUUUGGAUUUUGGAUCUUCUCGAAGGUAGUAGAUGUUGUAACUUGCAUAGGCUUUCUUGUCUCUGGAUUGCGAAAGAUGUGUCCCGUUAGACGGAAGCUUUUGUUACCCACCAAACUGAACUGGGGUGGUUAUUAGCAUCACAUCUUCAUUACAUACAAAAUGUUUGUAUUCUUUCUUAGAAACACAACUCAGUCUUCAACAUUUUUUGCAUAAUCUUUAUUGUUUAUCAAGGAAAAUUUAUGGUU